AUGGUUACGACGCGGGUUGCUGGUUUGAUCCUGGUGGUUGUUGGAUUUGUUGGCUGUGGCCAGGAGGCAGCACGGCAUAGACCGCCAGGGGCGAAGCAUGGAAGUGUCCAACCUCACGGGAGCGAACAGGAACGGGUAGCGGCGCGGAUUGACGAGUUGUCUGAUGGGGAGGACGGCGAUGAUCAACCGAAUCCGUGGGAGCUGAGCGGGUUGUACGAGGGGGAUAUGCUGCUGGACCCGCACUGGAAUAGUCGGAACGGAGUUACGAACAGUACGUUACGGUGGCCUAAUGGGACCGUUCCGUACUACGUUGAGGACGAGGAUUUUACGGAUGAGGAGGAACUCGUCAUACUGAAGGCCAUCAAGGAGUACCACAAGAAGACCUGCAUCAAGUUCCGACCUUACCACAAAUCCGACCGUAACUGGGUCGUGUUCCGGUCAAACAGUAGCGGGUGCUGGUCCAGCGUCGGGAUGCAGAACGACGGACAAACGGUGAACCUUCAGUCGCCAGGUUGCGUCAAGCAUGGAGUCGUGAUCCACGAGCUACUUCACGCGCUGGGAUUCUUCCACCAGCAGAGUGCGUCCGACCGGGAUGAGUACGUGCGGAUCCUGUGGGAUAACAUCUCACCGGGUCACGAGCACAACUUCAACAAGUACAACGAAAGUACGGUGACGGCGUACGGCGUCGAGUACGACUACGGUAGCGUGAUGCACUACAGUGGUAAGGCGUUCUCCAAGAACAAACAGCCCACGAUUGAGGCGCUUCAGGCGAACGUGACGCUGGGUCAGCGGAAGGGACUCAGCGAGCGGGAUAUCACCAAGCUGGAGCACAUGUACGAGGGACGAUGCGGCGAGCGGGAGUCCGACCAGGAACCCCCAGGAUUCCUGGAUCAGUUCAACGCACUGCUUGGACUAACGAAUAAUGUCUUUCUAAGACCUUAGUAAUACGAAUCCUAUGAAAU